AUGUCAUUAAUCGUAGCUGGCACCGAAAUGGGUGGUACAGGAUGUAAAGUAGCUAUCAGUGGUGAAAAUGGACAAUAUGAUAGUCAAUAUUCAUUACAAAUUCUGACAACAACUUCUGAAAAUACUUUAAAUGCAAUGUAUAAUUGGUUAGGAUCGAAAAAAUUAGAGCGACCAUUUGUUGCACUUGGUAUUGCCUGUUUCAGAUCUAUUGAUCUAGAUAAAACAAAUCUCAAUGAACCAAUUGCUUUUGAAACUGAUGUUAAUGCACCAACAGUGAUAGAAGUUGCACUUCAAGGUGAUGCAUCACUAGCAUAUAUUACUAUUGGAACAAGUUUGAUCAUUCAAAUUCUUUUCAUUUUCAAAUGUUGUUGUUUAAUUGGUUUUUUGCAAAUAGGUUAUGAUGGUAAUUGUCUAUAUCAUGAAUUAUGUAUUAAUGGUAUGUCAAAUGCGAAAUCUGUUGCUGAUCGUCUUGGUAUUUUACCAAAUGAGCUCAAUACAGUUCUUGCCGAUCCUCCUGUAUAG